CCGGAGGUGGCCAUCCCUCCUGAGCCUCAACCUCAUUCGCAGCGCGGAAUUUUUCGGGAAUUUUCCUAGCCCGCACCACCUGGGCAGCGACCGUAAGGACCGUUCGAUCCUAGUCUGGCCACGGUGUCGGCCCGUCGGCGCUGGACUUCCUAGUGUGCUCACCACCAAGAUGGAGGACAUCGGCGUCCACGGGCGCGGCGUCGGCGACGUGGCGGCCUUCUACGCCGGCCGCGGCGUCCUGGUGACGGGGGCGACGGGCCUGCUGGGCAAGGUGCUCGUCGAGAAGCUGCUGUGGGCCGUGCCCAACGUCGGCAACGUGUACAUGUUGAUGCGCCCCAAGCGCGGCAAGACGGCCUCGGAGAGACUCGCCGCCAUCCAGGCGCUGCCGGUGUUUGACCGCGUCCGGAGGGACUGCCCCGAGCAGCUGGACAAGAUGAAGAUGGUGGCCGGGGACGUGGGCCUGGACAAGCUGGGCAUCGGCGCGGACGACAUGGAGCGGAUACAGCAGGAGGUGUCCGUGGUGGUGCACUGCGCCGCCACCCUCAAGCUGGACGGCUCCCUGAAGGACGCCCUGCACCUCAACACCAGGGGCACGCAGCGCGCCCUGGAGGUGGCCAAGACCCUCCCGCACCUCACCGUCUUCGUGCACACCUCCACGGCCUUCUGCAACUGCGACUUCGCGGAGCUGGCCGAACGCGUCUACCCGCCGCCCAUCUCGCCGGAGCACAUGAUGGGCUGCGCGGACCUCGUGGACGACGUCGGCCUGGAGGACGUGACUAAGCACCUGCUGGCGCCCCACCCCAACACGUACACGUACUCGAAGCGCCUGGCCGAGGACCUGGUGGCGCGCCAGUACCCGGACCUGCCCGUCUGCAUCGUGCGCCCGUCCAUCGUGUGCCCGUCGUGGGAGGAGCCCGUGCCUGGCUGGGUGGACAACCUGAACGGCCCGGUGGGGGUGAUGGCGGCCGCGGGCAAGGGCGUCAUCCGCUCCAUGUACUGCCGCGCCGACUACAACGCCGAGGUCAUCCCCUUGGACUUCGCCGUCAACUCCACGCUAGUGGCCGCCUUUCGGGUGGCCACCAGCCCCAGGGAGCCGUCGGUGCCCGUGUUCAACCUGACGAGCGGCAAGUGGCGGCAGGCGACGUGGGGCGAGGUGCUGGACCACGGCCGCCGCGCCGGCUACAUGUACCCCUUCGAGAUGAUCCUGUGGUACCCGGACGGCAACAUCCGGCCCAGCCGCCUGUCGCACGACGUGCACGCCUUCUUCCAGCACUUCCUGCCCGCCUACUUCAUCGACUUCAUGAUGUUCAUCUUCAGGCAGCCGCGUUUCAUGGUGCGCAUCUACAAGCGCAUCGCCGUGGGCCUGGAGCUGCUGCAGUUCUUCACGACGCGCCAGUGGGUGUUCCACAACGACCGCUUCAUGGCGCUGUGGCGCGACAUGUCGCCCGCCGACCGCCGCCUCUUCAACUUCGACGUGACGGAGGUCAAGAUCAGCGACUACAUCGACCGGUGCCUGCUGGGCGCGCGGCAGUACUGCCUCAAGGAGGACCCCGCCACCAUCCCGCGCCAGCGCCGGCUGCUCAAAGUGUAUUACGCCGCCGACCGCCUCAUCGCACUGCUGUUCUACGGCCUGUUGGCGUGGUACGUGUACGGCCUGUUCGCGUCCGCCGCGCCCGCCGCCAGCACGGGCCCCAGCCCGAUGCUGGCCGACAGGCUCUAGGCCUGCUCCGUGCCGAUACCCCGCGCGCAGGCCUCACACCGGGUGCCGCGCGGGGUAGCGUCGUGCAUCGCCAUUCGCCGCCACCGCGUACCGCCGCCCCGGUGCCCCUGGUGGCGAAACGCCGCGGUGUCCCAAGACUGCCCGCGACCGGUGCCGCGGCGGCGGCGUCCUUCCUCGUAUUUGCAGCGCGAAUAUGGGCGCGGGCCGCCACCGCCACGGCGGCACGCGUGUCGCAACACGACGGAUUUUCGCAUGGGUGCGAUCCGUCGCCGUGCUGGCGGAAGGUGCGAUCGGUCACCAAUAGGUGUGCCCCAGCCGCGCUCUGCUGUGUCUGCGCUUAUUGUGGCGAGGAGAGGACAAGAGGUAAAGCCAAGCAAACAAGCGGGGAGUUGUUUUUUGUUACGUUAUUUUCUGCAUUUAUGUAAGGUAUUUUCAAUAAAUUUGUGUUAUCAAA